AUGGCGACGCGCGGAGCUGAGGCAGCGCGCGGAGGAGGCAGCACCGCGGCGGCGGCGGCGGGACGGAGCCGGCAGAACCGGAGCGGCGGGGAGGAAGAGGAGGCGGCCUCGGCCCCAGCCCCGAGCGGCAGCCCGGAGCUGGUUGGUGGUGCAAUGGAAGAAGCCGGAUCUCUGGAGAUGGGAAUGAAUAACCAGGAUCAGCUGGUGAACAGCAAGUGCAAUGAGUUGUCUGGUGCGGCGUUGCAGCGUGCACAGCCCAAUUGUUACGGGCUGGAGAACAGGGGCACACUGGAAGAUGCUGAGUGUAUCACAAAGAACAGAAAGCACCUGGGAACCUCGUGCUGCUCUCAAGAGACUCGUGAGGAGACUCCUGGGAGAGAAGAAGCCCGUACUGAUCCACCUGAUGGCCAACAAGAUCCAGAGAGUGAAAAACACAAGGAGAAAACUUUGGGAAAAGAAGUGCUAUUAUUAAUGCAAGCCUUGAACACACUUUCUACUCCUGAGGAAAAGCUGGCAGCUUUGUGCAAGAAGUAUGCUGAUCUGUUGGAGGAGAGCCGGAAUGUUCAAAAGCAGAUGAAGAUACUGCAGAAGAAGCAAGCACAAGUUGUGAAGGAGAAAGUCCACUUGCAGAGUGAGCAUAGCAAGGCCAUUUUGGCACGUAGCAAACUGGAAUCUCUCUGUCGGGAGCUUCAGCGUCAUAACAAAACUUUGAAGGAAGAAAACAUGCAGCAAGCACGAGAAGAAGAAGAAAGACGGAAGGAAGCAACUGCCCACUUCCAGAUUACACUGAAUGAAAUUCAGGCUCAACUGGAACAGCAUGAUAUCCAUAAUGCCAAGCUCCGUCAGGAAAACAUUGAACUGGGGGAAAAACUGAAGAAACUCAUUGAGCAGUAUGCACUGCGAGAAGAGCAUAUUGAUAAAGUAUUCAAACAUAAAGAACUGCAGCAGCAACUUGUGGAUGCCAAACUUCAGCAAACUACUCAACUUAUUAAAGAAGCAGAGGAAAAACAUCAGCGAGAACGAGAGUUUCUGCUAAAAGAAGCUACUGAGUCCAGACACAAAUGUGAGCAGAUGAAGCAACAGGAAGCUCAGCUGAAGCAGCAACUUUCCCUUUAUAUGGAUAAGUUUGAAGAAUUCCAGACCACCAUGGCAAAAAGUAAUGAACUGUUUACAACCUUCAGGCAAGAAAUGGAGAAGAUGACAAAGAAGAUUAAGAAACUGGAAAAGGAAACCAUAGUGUGGCGUACCAAAUGGGAAAACAACAACAAGGCUCUCCUGCAAAUGGCUGAAGAGAAAACAGUAAGAGAUAAAGAAUACAAGGGCUUUCAAAUAAAACUGGAGCGUUUGGAGAAGCUAUGCAGAGCCCUUCAGACAGAAAGGAACGAGCUGAAUGAGAAGGUGGAAGUCCUUAAGGAGCAGGUUUCUCUCAAAGAAGCAGAUGUGGAUCUGGCUGUGCAGGUGUUGCAGUCCUGCACACUCAAUUCCCACGAAGAGCUGGCAGCUCCCACUGACACGGAACCAGGAAUCCAACCCAGCGAGGAAUCGCGUGAGGCAAAUUGUUCCGAAAAGACUGUCUCAACAAGUCCUGUUCCUGGCACUGAAUCUGUAGACUAAAGUGAAGUGUAAACACUGUAUUGAGAGAUAUAUUUUGUGUAUAACUUUCUCUGUUGGUGGUAACUAUUUGGUUUUGUGGUGAAAAUUUUCUUACUUUUUCUACCAUAUCUGUAUUUUCUUAGAACUACUGGACUUAUGUGGUACAGGAAGCUGCAUAGCAGCUUUAAAUAGCUUAAACUAUAAAUUUUCCACAACUGUGUUGCACAUCUGCCUCAUUUUUUAAAAGAAAAUAUUUUUCCAUAAAAGGAUGCAUGUGCGUUUCCUCCCCACAACACAAAUCACUGUCAUGGAAGACUGUACAGAUACAACAUCGUUCCGAGGAAAACAGUGACAGAAUGUCACUUUUUUGGUUUAAAAACAGCAUUCUGGUUUUGUUGAUUGAUUUGCCACUCAGUAUACUAAGGAUUACCAAUUUUUCUAGUAAAUUUAUCUACAUAAGGAUGUCUAAUGGCCAGUAAAAAAAUUGUCAGCUCUCCCUUCUAGUAUGUUUUCAUAUAUAUGAAUGGAAAAGUAAAGGUCCAGAAUACAGUAAAAGAUACAUUUAAAGGGUUUUAUGUACUUUGUGGUAUGAAAAAAAAAUGGCUUGGAAAUACAUUAAUUUGCAGCUGGUGAAACAGGGUGUACAACUUUUUGCAGACUUCUCAGGGUUGUGUUGUAAAAGGUUAUUUUGGACUGUUUGCCCUACCUGUGAACAAGCUAAAUAUAGAAGUGUGAGAAAAUACACAGCAAUGUUACCGAGUGGAGUUUUGCAGUUGUGUAGCCUAUUGCACAGAUAUUGGUCGUGUUCUUCCCUCUUAGCUGCAGUGUGUCCAUCACAUGGUUAUCCUAACUAGAGAUAUCCAUUGCUGUCUAAGUGAAUCUCUGGGUUAUCUGAAGGGCUGGAAAAUAGACAUUUACUGCUGUAGGUGGGGAAGAGGCAAGUCUGGCAUAUAGGCUUUCUCUAAUAGCCUUGUAUGCAAUGUAUUUAAUGCAAUGUAUUUAAGUGUUAGUUAAGCAUAUAUUGGUUACAAUAGAACAUGUAGAUUCACAUAUUGAAGUACAACAUGGAAUUUCCUGCACACUCAGUCUUGAAGCUGUUACCAGUUGGCAUAGUGGCUUCCUGAUUAGGUUAUCUGGUGAAGAUGGUACUUUAAAUUCUUACGCUAACGUACCACAAGCAAAACUCCCUUAUUAAUCUUAAACUAUAUAGUCUUUUCUUAGAAAGUUUAGUAGCCACAUUUUGACUUUUCCUGAGAGAAACUAGGACCAAUUUUUUUUUUUUUUUUUUUUUUUUGGCAAGACAAGCUACCCUUUAGUUCCCAUAUAUUUAUAGUUUUGGUUGCUGUCAUUUAAGAAAUAUGAACAUGUGUAGCCUUUUCUGGUACUUAAAAGUUCUUUGCACUUACUUGGGAGGGGACUUCUGAAUCAAGCACAUCUCUCAGUGAGCUUCCUACCCUCAUUGCCCUUGACAAUUUAGUGGCUAAAUUAAUUACUUGAAUUUUAAGGCUGCACUGAGCUCCUGAUCUUUUUCCUGUAGUAAUGUAUAUUGAAAUAAAGUAGCUGUCUCUGGAAGAGAGUAGGGUGAUGUCAAGACUGAUAAAUGUGUUUUAGCUCAGACCACUGAGAGGAACUUUGCAAAACUGACAUUUCUUAAAUGGUGGAGCAAAGGGGAAGCUGGCCAUCCGAGAUCUGUGUGGGGUUUGUGUUCGUGGUCCAAGCACAACGCAGGAAUUUAAAGAAGGUAGCAAGGAGCAGUCAGGUUUAGACUCAGCUUUGAAAUGUUAAUCAUCCUAAGCAUAUAGCAUAAAAAUACUGGGAAGAAGUAUUUCAGACUUGCUUUUCAAAUUACUUGCUUUAUAAAGAAUCAAACUUAAAAAAAUAGAUGUUUUGAGAACUGGUUUCCAGCUAACACAAAGCCUGAAGUAAUUUUCCUGAGGAAAAGUGAAAAACUUUGUAUCUGAUGCAUCAUACCCUUGGCAAGGUAGGACAUGCAGUUUUCUAUUUUUACAAUCUAUUAUUUGGACAUUUUUAUCUCUUAAUUCUUUAUAUAUUGCUUGUUCUAUAUGGAGGCAAGAGUGAAUUUUGGGACCCUGCUUCAAGAAUAUUUUAAAGGGCUUUUAGAGACAUGACAGAUGUAUAGAACGGCAAUACAAAUAUAUUUGUUACUGACUUAAUAUGUAGAUGAAGCAGAGUGCCCUGAGUGAGAGGCUUUUAGAAUGGGGAUAGUUUGUUUUUUUUUUCUCUUUCCUACCCUUAACAUACCCGUAUCAUAUCAACUUACAUGGCAAAGGUGAGCUAUACUUGGCUUCCUGAAAUGAGUCAGUAAGAGUUUCAUGCAUUGCUUUGAGUGUUUAAAAAAAAAAGAAAGUUAAAAACCAAAUUUAUAUAAGGGAUAAGUUCAGCACUCUGAUCUGCCAUACAGCAGGCUCUUGCACUGCCAGUCUGCAGCCAAAUUGGCUUCAGUAGGGUUUUUAAAGAAAUGUGUAUUAAUGCCUUUCUCCCACUACCCUAAACUUUAACCUGGGCUUUAAACUGAUAGAGCCUGAAAGCAGUAUAUCUGGUUGUCAAAACUCUGGGGCCUGAUUGACAGUUUCACCAUGAUUAAGCUGCAAAAAGUGAAAUGAUCUGUGAUACAAGACCCAAAUAUGUGUGUACAUACACAAGUAAGUUAGGGCUGUAUCUCUAAUGUUUUGUCCUUCCUUUCAUUACACCUGGUUACGUUACAGUUCAAUUCUCAGGUGUUGCAGAAAAUCUACCUCUUUGGACUGUAGAUGGAAAUAACUGUGAAAAAAAAGUGAUGCAGAAAUCUAGUUUGUGCUAAACACACUGCUUUAUUUUUACAACCCAUGUCUGCUUUCAUGAGGAAAAAUGAUAAAUGAACAGGCAGUCUUUGUUUUGCUUUUCAAAAACAUUUUGUAGAGAUUUUUCACUAAUGUGAAUCUGAAAUUUUAUCUACUCGAUUCUGUAUAGAUUAAGUAAAUAAGUAUGCUUAAUA